UAUAUACUGUAGCUGCAUACAGCAUACAAAAAGAGCCAUCCUGAUAUAAAGACGCUGAAAAGAAAAAGAUAAACGAUGUGGAAAGCAGCUGUGGGUCACAAUGUGUCUGUGACUGAAAAUGCAGCAAGUGAUGACUGGGAAACUGAUCCAGACUUUGUGAAUGACAUCUCAGAAGAGGAACAGCGAUGGGGUGCAAAAACCAUUCAAGGAUCUGGUCGUCCACAGCACAUAGAUAUAAAUAAACUGAGAAGCAGUGUCUCUAAAGAACAUGAGCAACUAAAGAAGAAAGAGUUACAGGAUAGUCCAAAAGCAUCUUACGGAUAUGGCGGACAGUUUGGAACAGAGAAAGACAGGAUGGAUAAGAGUGCCCUGGGGCAUGAGUACAAGGCAGAGGUGGAAAAGCAUUCCUCACAGACAGAUGCAGCUAAAGGAUUCGGGGGCAAAUAUGGAGUGCAGAAGGAGAGGUGUGAUAAGUCUGCAGUUGGAUUUGAUUAUAAGGCUCAGAUACAUCAGCAUUCCUCUCAGCAAGACUAUUCCAAAGGUUUUGGCGGACGUUACGGCGUUCAGACAGACCGCGUGGACAAGUCUGCAGUAGGAUUUGAAUAUAAGGCUCAAGUACAGCAACACUCAUCCCAGCAGGAUUAUUCACAAGGAUUUGGAGGCAAAUUUGGGGUACAGAAAGAUCGACAAGAUAAAGCUGCUCACAGCUGGAGCCAUAAGGAGGAAAUACAGAAACACCAGUCACAGACAGAUUAUGCCAAAGGGUUUGGCGGGCGUUAUGGUGUACAGACUGAUCGCGUGGACAAGUCUGCCGCAGGGUUUGGUGAGAUUGAAUCACCCAGUUCUGCAUAUGAGAAAACACAGCCUCUGGAAGCCAUGACAAGUGGAGCUCAGAAUCUUCGGUCUCGUUUUGAGAAUAUGGCGAAGACAGCAGAGGAAGAAAACAGACUGAAAGCAGAAGAAGAGAGAGCAAGGCGGCAGAAAAGAGAGAAGAUGGAAAGAGAGGAAAAACUAAAGAAAGAGAUACCGCAGAGCUCAGAUCUUGAUCAGUCUGAAAAGCAACCUGUUCCUGUUCCAUCUCCCCGUGUCUUUCCAGUGCCUACAAUACUUGCUGAAGAAAUCUCAGUGGUUCCUGACUAUGAUAUACCCCCUGUUGUCCCUCCAAAACUCCCUGGUUUGAUGAUGGCUACUGAACCCAUUGCAGUUACUGAAUCCACUACAAAUGAAAUGUGGGAUGAGGAACAGACUUAUGAAGACAUAGCUGCCCAGCAAACCACAGAAGAUUUGUAUGAAGCCAUUCCAGAUCCCCCGCCAAGGUUUCAGGAGGAAGACAGUGACGACUAUGAGACUGUCAUAGAUCCUCCAGCUGCAGCCAGCGAAGAUCUUUAUGAAGAACUACCACAAGAGGAUGAGGUGCCUGAAAAAGUGCCUUCUACAUAUAUCAGUCAAACAGGAGUCUCAGGGAUCACUGCUGUUGCCUUGUAUGAUUAUGAAGGAGGUGGAGAUGAUGAGAUUUCAUUUGAACCUCAAGAACUAAUCACGGAUAUCGAAAUGCUGGACGAGGGCUGGUGGACUGGAUCUUGCAGGGGUCAGCGGGGUCUUUUCCCUGCUAACUAUGUGGAGCUUGUACAGUGAUACAUUGAAUUUGGUAUUAUAUGUUUCUUGAAUUACUAUAUAUAUAUAUAUAUAUAGAUGUGUGUGUAUAUAUAUAUAUAUAUAUAUAUAUAUAUAUAUAUAUAUUGCUCUCACAUUUUUUUUUUUUAUCUUGCACCUACUUUAGGAAAUAAUGGCUGCUCUCCACAAUGAGUCCCCUGUUAGCGAGACUUAAAAAUCUAUCCAAACAUAUACAUUAAGUAUACAUUAAGAAAGUUUAAUUAUUGCUAAGCAAUAUAAAAGAAUCUAAAAGAUUUUUUUAACAACACCGCUGUAAGCUUGUCCACUCUUGAGGUCCAAAUCUUAUGCCCCUUUUAAGAAUGUUAAUAUUCAAUUGUAAAUCUUUAUAAUGGAUCUUACAGUUGCUUCAUCCUACGCGUUUCGUCUACUCACUGGACUUCAUCAGGGGUAUUGAUGGUGCGGAAUGAUAAAAAUGUGAAGUAUCAAAAAGGUGUAUUCAGCGGGUAGUUCACCAUGCGGAAUUGAGCUUAUUAUAUCAAGGGGGUGUCAGACCUUAAGCUUAUGUGCAACUGUAAAUAGACAAGUCUAUGGAUAUAGCAAAGUGAUGACCACCAAACGAACAAGAAUUAGCAGCAAGCACUAUAUAGGGGGUAAUUCCAAGUUGAUCGCAGC